AGCGACUUGACUGCGCACAGCCCAUCUUGCCAUCUUGCCUUCUUGCCAUCACCUCAACACCACUCCGUCACGAUGAGCGGCAAUAGCGGUGGCUCGCCUCGACACUUGCCACAGCAUCUCCAUCGCCACAACCAGAGCGCGGACUCGCUGGGCCUGGCUCCCUCAGCUCAGCGGCUUGCCUCGCCGCCCUAUGAGGGAUUCCCUCCUGGCUACGCAAGCAGAUCCGACAUCGGCGCAGCAUCGUCCUCAUCGCAGAGCCCAGACUCUGCCGCCGCUCGCGAAAAGUCUUAUGGAGAUGAGACUGCUGCAAGGCUUGACGAGUAUGGCUAUCCAGUCGAGAAGAAGCUGCGUGACCAUGCUAGAGAGGGCGACGACAUGCGUGCAGGCCGACAGGAGCAAAUCUCGCACAGCAACCAGGCAUCGACUUCGACGGCUCCCCCUCAGUUGCCUCGUAUCGCCGUCACCGAUCCACUCCACGACAUGCGCACUCGCAACCUCUCCAAGCCAGAGUUUGGGCUCAGCGAGAAGUCAGACUACCCUCCCGCAUCUGGCUACACCACACCUCGCCCAAAUUUCUCUCGCCGUGGCUCAGAGGCCUCGAUCAACACGCAGUCGGAAUUCGGCUACGAUGAUUUCGACUGGUCAGACGAUGAGGGAGUCGAAGAGACCCUUCGUGCAGAGAAGAAAGAGGAGACUGCCGCUCGCAAGGUUCGCAGCAAACGACUGAGCCCCUGGAGCAUCGGCCGAUGGCUCCUGACCUCCUUCCUCGGCAACCUCUUCAUCUCGGCCGUUCUCGUGGUUCCUGCCAUCGUCAUGCAAUUCGUAUACCGAAAUGAGGCCACCGACGCAGACAGGGCCCACCGCGACUAUGUCACAGACAAUGUUCAGGCUUGGACAAUCUGGGCAUCCUUCAACCUCUUCAUGUCUUGGGUCUUCCACAUCCUCGUCGAGAUUUUCCCUCGCAUUGCUCUGGCUGUCGUCGGUUUGAUCUGGGGACGCACCAAUCAGGAGGCCCUCAACGCCGCCGAGUACUACUCUGCGCAGAAAGGCUACAUCAAGCCCCUAUUCUACGCAGCCUGCUCGUGGGCCUCAUUUGCCAUCCUUAUGAACAGCAUCUUCCAUCUCUACAAUCACGCUCACCCUCAGACAGAGAGUCGUGCACCCUACCUCUACCGCCUCUACCAGGUCGUCGAGUUCUUCUUCUUUGUCACCCUUACCAUCUGUGCCGAGAAGAUCAUGAUCAAGAACGUGGCCCUCAGCUUCCACAAGUCGGCUUUUGCUGAGCGUAUCGGAGACGUUACCAAGGCGCUCGAGACCUUUGACCACCUCAAGGACUAUCGCCCCAAGCACAAGGAAGGCUCUAGGGGCUUCAGGCUCGGUGGCGGUCGCUCGCCCUCCGGCCUCCCCGGCCUCACAAUGUCGGCAGGCAAUAGCCCAAUGCCUAUGGAGGGCGACGAGCGCAGUGGCUCUGCGUCACCGCAGCGAGGCUUCCCCUUCAACAAGAACAAGCACUCUGCGAAGCGAGCACAGACGACGGAUCCCAACAUGACGCCUCCGGAGGGCAUUUAUCCACCUAAGGCUGGCAAGGCCCAUCCUCGCGCUGCAAUUAACAAGGUCAAAGAAGCUCGAGGAGUCGCGCUCAAGAACAUCAAGAUGACGGCAAGUUCAGCGAGCAAGCUGGCUCGAAUGGCCAUGCAAGACCCACUUGCUGCACUGCAGAGCUCAGAAGCAGGAAGUCUCGCCGACAUGAACUCGCCCGCCGACGCCAAGAAGCUGGCCAAGACGAUUUUCAACGCCUUCCGUGGACGUCAUCACCGCUCGUACCUGAUCCUGUCCGACUUUGAGCCCGCCUACGCCACUGCGGCUGAAGCUCGCGAAGCCUUCUCCGUGUUUGACAAGGACGGCAAUGGAGACAUCUCGCAGAUGGAGAUCAAGAAUUCAGUCAUGACCACGUACAAGGAGCGUCGCCACCUCAUGAAGGCCAUUGGCGACACGAACCAUGCCGUUGCUCAACUCGAUCUCAUCCUCUUCCUCAUCGCCUGCGUCAUCAUCAUGUUUGAAGCCUUUGGCAUCUUCAACGUCAACGUUGGCAAGACGCUCACCACCUUCUACACACUGGGUAUUGCCUUCGCCUUCGUCUUCAAGGAGUCGGCGCAGAAUGUCUUCGAUUCGAUCGUUUUCAUCUUCGUCACUCACCCAAUGGACACGGGCGACCGUAUUCAGCUGGGCGAUGCUGUCAUGUGUGUCAAGAAGAUGAGCCUUCUGUCCUCGGAAUUCACCCUGGCCGAUGGGACGGAUAUGUAUGUGGCCAACGCCGUACUGGCCAACAUGAUGAUCGUCAACUUCCGCCGCUCGGGAUAUCAGUGGGAAAACUUCCUCAUUCAGGUGGACCUGUCCACUUCCCUCGACCAGCUUGAUGCUGUAGAGCGCGACAUGUGCCACUGGCUCCAGACAGAACCGGACCGCAUGUUCGAGCCCUCGACUGCUUUGGUGCCGCAGGCGAUCACCAACAUGCGCUCCUGGGAGAUCUCCUGCGGUAUGACGCAUCGCGCCAACUACCAGGACUGGGGAGCAAGGUUCCACCGCAAGAAUGCGUUUGGCGCAGCGCUCACUUACUACCUCAAGAAGCACAACGUCCGCUUCGUUCAGCCUACCCAGCCCAUCGUUUACCUGGGAGGGCAGGGCGCCCCUCCUCCUCCUGGAUACGAGGAUGCUACGAGGUCUGGGGCUCACGAGGACGAGGAGGAAGAAUACGUCAUGGACGACUUUGAGACGCGCGACACCCUCGCCGCCACGACGGCCGGUGCAGCUACGUCCGCUGUCGCGCACAAGCGUCCCAACUACAUGGGCUUCACCCCGCCUGACGACGUGGAUGACAGCACGACGAGGCAGAGGAGGACGAGGAUGAAGGGCGUCACCCAACAGGGUGGUGAUGGAUGAGCAGCGUGGCCUCAGCGCCGACAUCCGUCUCCUCACCAAUCGUUCAUCUUUUCCCCCGCCAAAAAUUCAAUUCAGCACAACGACCGCAUACAUCUCACGAACAGCACCAUCACCAUACCGAUUGCUCAUCAACAUCAUCAAUUGCCUUUCGCGCCGCUCGCCAGGAGGAGCUGGCUCUCCUCAACCUGCGUGCGGAAAUUACCUCUUCCUUCCCGCCUUUGCCGCUCCAGCGUUCCCUACCCCGGGCAAACAGAUGUAGCGACGCUUUGAGACUCGAUUUAGAUAGAAUUGCAAAUGUCAUUCGAACAGACAGUUGUUCCUUCCCCCCCU